AAGCCUACAGUGGUUAUACGUUUUAACGGCUCCUACUAGGAUUAGCAUCUAAGGCUAGUUAGCUCAGAGCACCGACGUGUCUUCCGUGUAGCAACUAACAGCCUCAUAAAGCCGUUUAAAACGACUUUAAACGCGUAGUAUUUUUUUUUUCUGUUGGCCCAUAUUGAAAAUUAUUGAAAUUCGGCUUAAAUGAAAAUAUGACGCCUUAUAUAUCUUAUAUCUUAUCUUAUAUAUGCAGUUUGUGAAGUUGUAGGACCGUUAUCGGUUGGGAGCUAACGUUAGCUUAACGGUUCAUUGAUAUUUUAAGGUGUUCUCCGGUGUAUAUGAACGGUUUAGAAGUAGAAAUGGUUGACUGCUUCUGCAUUCAACUUAGCAGUUGAAUAAAUGGAUCUUUAUGCGGAUGAAAAGGUUCAAAAUCGAGCCAGAGAUCAAAAUGCGGCUGAAACGCAGGGUGAAGUGUUUGUUCGGGCGGGCCGCGACCCUGCUGUCACCGGGGACCUGAGAGCACUACGCAACCUGACGGUCCUGGAAAACAACAGCAAAGUGUCUCCCUCCUUUGAUGCGGUGCAAACAGAUAUCCAGCCUUACAUGAGGAGGAUACUGGCAGUGUGGAUGUUCCAGGUGUGCGAGGAGCAGAAAUGUGAGGAGGAGGUAUUUCCAUUGGCGGUGCAUUACCUGGACUCUUACCUGCGCCGUUUUACCAUUGAAAAGUCCAACCUUCAACUCUUGGGGGCUGUUUCCAUGUUCCUAGCCUCCAAAAUGAGAGAGACUGUCCCCCUGACUGCUAGCAAGCUGUGCAUCUACACGGACCACUCCAUUUCAGUCUCUGACAUCCUGCAGUGGGAGGUAGCAGUGGUGUCCAGGUUAGACUGGUGUCUGGCCUCUGUGGUACCCUCUGACUUCCUGGAGCCAGUUCUUCACGCUCUCCCCUUUGUUCGACCAAACCACCUUAAAAACAUGCGCAGGCAUGUUCACUCCUACAUUGCCCUGGCAGCCAUAGACUGCAAGUUUUCAGUGUUCCUGCCCUCCACUGUUGCAUGUGCCUGUGUGAGCAUUGCUACGCAGAGGCUAAAGUUAGUGGACGACUCCUCUGAUUCAGUGAUGAAGUUUUUGGCCGACCUUCUAGCCAUUGAUCUGAACCGUGUUCUCCUCUGCUAUGAGCAGCUAUGGACUGUGUUGGAGCUCAGCCUGCCCUCUUGUUUCCAGGCUAGCGUUUGCAGAUCAGGGGAAUGCAGCUCAGAGAUCAGCUACACCCCGGCUGACAUUCAGGAUGUUGUAUUGACACCGGUGACAUCACCCGAGGAAAUGAAGCUCUAAUACUCAACACUCCUCCCUGCCAUCAAUUGUACAUUGACAGCCAGGAGAGAACAAGAGGUAGCAGGCAAAAAUACGCCAUUUAAUUUUAAUGGCUCUUUGCAUGUUGACUGAAUGUUACUACAGUUUGAGAAAUGAUGCAAAUUUUUCUUAAAUAUCACCCUGUUGCUGCACAUUUUUAAGUAUUUUGUAAUGGCUAAUGCAGCUUUGAAAUAUAACAUUGUUGCUCUUGCUUCCCUUAUUCUGUUACACUUAACUUUUUGUGAUAUUGACAGUUGAUUUGCUUUGAAUCCUAAUAGCAAUGUUUGCUAAUUUUUUAAUGUAAUAUCUUCUAUUCACAUGUAUUCAAAUACUGUGCAGGUAUAUGAAUGAAUUGAAAAUGUAAUAUGAGCUUUACAUAUGGACAGUUCUAAGUUUUAAUGGAUGUUUGCAUGCAUGUUUAACAUGGUAGUGAAUUCCCUUGUGACUACAUAGAAUAUCAAUACUGUUAAACUACAUAAAACAUUGGCAUGUAGGUCACUAACAACAAGAGGCAGCACUUGAGUACUUUGUUUUGUUUUUAUUGAUUUCCUCAUCCCGCUAACAACAGCGUGGCAGAUCACAAAGUCAUUUAAUGGAUAAGCCAGUAAACUUUGGCACAGAUAGUUUUAGCUGCAGUCAGAUAAUAAAAAUAUUCAUAGAGCCUGCACACCUGCAACUUCUUCUGGGACAAGAGACACAAAAACUGUGAUGAAAUGCCCAAAUUGCACAUUAAAUUACACCAAAAUAAAACAAAUACCAUUUUAGACCUGUCUUCCCAUAGGCUGACUGCAUUUUUCCAGUUUGUCACACAUAAAUGAUCAAUUAUCACCAGUGACUGAGUACAGCUCAAUCCUUAAUACGAUCCCUUAGACUCCAGAAAUGACAAGAACUUCCAGUUGAAAUUUAGAGAAUUCUUAGUUUACUUUUACACACAAAUACUGGCUUUAAAUUCCUGAUCAGCCUCAUAAAGUAGUGUGCCAAAAAAAAAAAGUCACAAUUAAAUGAAAUCAUAAUAAUUAAAUGAAAAAAAACAUUCUUUACAUUCCAGUUUCUGAACAACAGCAUGGUUUCAGCAGAUUCUGGUUACUGACUUGUGCAACUGAAGUAACAUGAAAUCAAUAAAAUGAUGAGUGCACAGUUUAUUUAUCAGCUCUCAGGUUUCGAUGGUCUGAUAAAGUGCUGUUCCAGGCGCCGGCUUGAUGUUCUGAUUCAAUGCCAGCAGGACAAUCUAAUUCAGUAAUCGCAGUGUGCAGCAUGAAAUUUCAUACAGACACAAAAACAUACUGAUGUGCUUUUCUUCCACCACUGGGGGUAUUCAUAAAGCAAGAUUUGCACAUAAGCAAAUAAGAUAUUUACAAAGCAAAUGUUAUUAAAUCUAAUACAUUUAAUUCUUGAAUCUAUUUUGCAAGUUUUGUUUUCCAGUGUUGAGUAACCAAGAUCUUUAUUCUACUUUAUUUUUUUAUAUGGCUAACCUAAUCUUGCUUUGGGAAAUUAUCGGCCCAGGUAUCACACCUGAGCCUCAUGACCAAUUUCCAAUAUUCAGUUGAAAGUUGAAAGGUCCCACAGUAACGUGUGUUCCACAUUAUACGUAGCAUAGUUAGCUGAAGCUCACAAUUUAGUUUCAAAACUCACUGAUUUCUUAAAUUGAGACCUUCAAAAACCAUGAAGUGGCAUAAUGUGCCCCACCUUCCCUGUGAAACUGCCACCUGUGUUUGUGUACCAGUGUCGGCUUGGGAGCGAAAGCAGGUUCUACAAGUUGCUUUUGUUGUGAGUCAGUGUGUGUCAUGAUUAUUAUUUCAAGUCAUUAUCCAAACUUAGAGCAAGUCAUUUCAAGGAAAAACAACACUUUAAAAAAAAUGCUCUGAGAGCUGAAGUCCCUGUUACAAACAAAUGUCCUCUUGGCACGUUUUGCUUGUGCUUAAAUAAAGAUAAACAAAAAAAGAUCCAGAAACAUUAGCAAAAUUGCUCUUUGGUAUCCAUGAAAUGUAAUUCCUCCCCCACAUCCUAAAAUGCAGUAAAAGCUGUAGUACAUGGUAAAAGAGAACCGAUGCUAAAACUGAACCUAUAUGUUACUGAUGUAAUUAGAUAAACAUAAUGUUGACAGAUGAUCAGCUUUCACAAAGCUAGAAUCCAAAACAGCGAUUAAGUCAUAAACACUUCUCAAACUGCUCUGGUGAGAAUAAAUGACACUAACU